GCAUCCGAGCUUUUAUUGGAAUGAGUUUUAUUUAAAAAUAAAAAGCAAAACUUUAAACUCCAAAGAUGUAAUGCAGAUAUAGAUUUUACAGUAAUGCAAAACGGAGAAAGAAAAGUUGAAAUGGUAGUAAUAACUAGAAAAAGUUGCAUUUCCUGCAAAAAUGCUGUGUGAAUGCCUUGCAGUAGAAUCUGAAAACAGCAGAAGGAGAACUAUCUGAUGAAAACACUGUGUAGAAGCUGAACUCUUUGCUGAAAACUGCUUUAUUUGAAAGGGUACACUGAACAGUGUCACUAAAGCAGAGUGCAUGCAAGCAGAGGUGUGCUAACAGCAACAAGUAGGAUUCAAACCUGCACCAACAGAUCUCACAGCAGCUGCUCAUCUCACUGAGCCAAAGCAGUUCCUGUCCCAACAAUAGAUAUGAUGAGAGAAAAAAUAUGCAGGGGGCCGAAGAAGCUGAAUUGUGCUGAAAAGAGGUAAAAAAGCUGAAAUUCUUCUGAAAGAGCAGAAGAGGCUGGAAUUUUUCAGCUACUCAUUGAGCCAAACUGGUUCUUACGUAACUGAAAAAAGCUGACAAUUCUGAUAAAAACAGCAGAAGAGGCUGAGAUUUGUGCUGAUAAGAGGUGAAAACGCUGAAAUUUCUGCUGAAAAGAGGCAGAACAACCUGGUUCUGCUCAAUUUCAGUCCACCAAUCAGAGGUACUGCGCCGUUUUUUGGAGUUACAAAACGUGUGUAACUACUGUAAAACUCGGUGGGAUAGAAGCACUUGUCCUGUCACUUGUACUGGGUGAAUUGGCAGACUUUGAACCUUCACUGUGGACAGAAAGGACAGAUUUCCACCCCUCAAACAAAUGUAAUUUAUGGCUCAACGAUGCAGAUCUUCUCUGCUGAAGUCGUCCUCCUUGUUUUAACACUGUCUUUACCCGUGGAAGCCAAAAAGUGUCCCAGAGCCUGCAGUUGUGACAGCAUCACACUCACAACAGCCUGUGUGGGCAAGAACCUAACAGAUGUCCCCCCGACUGUGGAGGAGAUUACUGUGAAACUCGACCUGAGAAAUAACAACUUGCAGGUGCUGUCCAGGGGGACAUUCAUGCACACACCCUACCUCACCCAUCUCAACCUGCAGCGCUGCAACAUCAUCGAGAUUAAAGAGGGCGCCUUUCGGACUCUUGGCCGAGUGGUCUCUCUAAACCUGGCUCACAACAAAAUUGAAAUCCUUUACCAAGAGUCCUUUGACGGUCUCUCCUCCCUGAAAGAGCUGCGACUUGACAACAAUCGCAUCGAGGAGAUCCAGCCUGGAGCCUUCACACAGCUCGGCUUCCUCAACACACUGGCCAUAACCCACAACCAGCUGGUUUACAUCCCUAACAUGGUCUUCCAGGGGCUGCAGAACAUUAAGUUUCUUCGUCUUAGCCACAACUCUCUGAACAACCUGGCACCUGAGGCGUUUGCUGGGCUCUUCACCCUCAGCCGCCUCGACUUGGAUCACAAUGAGCUGCAGUUCUUCCCCACACAGACAAUGACGAGACUCCGUGAGGUCACACGGCUGCACAUGAACCACAACCCCAUGGUCUACCUCGGGGAAGAUGCCGUUUCCAUGGCAAAGCUUACACACCUGUACCUCAGCCACAUGUCCCUUCAGGACCUCUCAGACAAGGCCUUCUCUCAAGCCCCCCUCCUCUCACACCUUGACCUCAGCCACAACCAUCUUCGGUACGUGGAGCCCUUCUCAGGCCCUAGAGACCUCACCAGCCUCAACCUGACAGGGAACCCCAUUUACUGUAACUGCUACAUGUCUCCACUGAGGCAGUGGGCGAGAGUUAGUGGUGUGAAGCUGCUGGGGGCCUGCUCUGGACCUCCUCACCUCUCAGAUGAGCCUCUGCAGGCGGUGUCUCCUCUGGAUCUGCGCUGCAGGAGGGGGGAGUCACCGGUGGAGGAGGAGGAGAGUACGGAAAGAGUCCCACCCACAGCCACUGCCAAGCCAAAGCAGAAGGUCAAGUGUCCAGCUAACUGUGAAUGUGAUACUGAGACCCAGCAUGCCACAUGUGAGGGUCGGGGCCAUACUAGAAUCCCACGAGGCUUCCCCGCCCAGACGCAGUUGCUGGACCUCCACGAUAAUCACUUCCACUACCUUCCAGCCAACAGCUUCCCAGGCAGCAGCCAACUUGUUUCUCUUCACUUGCAGUCCUGCAAAAUCCAUGAAAUUGAAGGUGGUGCCCUCCAAGGGAUGAAAAACCUUUUGUAUUUGUAUCUUUCUGAUAAUGACCUCAUGUCCUUGGACCCCAAGGCCUUUGCUGGAGUGCCCAAGCUCACCUACAUCCACCUGGAGAGGAACAAGCUGGCGCAGUUCCCUGGAUCAGCUCUGUCACUCUUACCAAGUCUGGUUGUGUUACACCUGGAGCAAAAUGCCAUCUCUAAACUUGAGACCAGUGGGUUGCUGUCCUCACUGGGCUCUAAACUUACUGAGUUAUACCUGGGCAAUAACAACUUAACUUACAUUGCCAAGGGCGCUCUUGACUCUGACUCUCUAUGUACCCUUCACCUGGAUUCAAAUCAGCUGACUGAGGUGCCCACCCACGCUCUGCUUGAGACCCCUAAUCUGCAGGAGCUCAACCUCUCUGGGAACUCAGUUCGUUGGGUGGGACCAAAUGCUUUCCAGCCCUUAUCCAAAAGUCUGAAGAGACUUUACAUGGAUCAUAUGAGAAUGGAAAAGAUCUCCAAGGAUGCACUGCUGGGGCUGGCCUCAGAGCUGCGGACUUUGACUGUGAGAGGAAACCAGCUGGAGGAGUUUCCUGAUCUGAGCCCACUCACCGGCCUGGAGACUGUGGACCUGCAGGACAACCCACUGCGUUGUGACUGCUCUCUGCUUCCUCUGCGCAGGUGGAUGGAGAAUGUUAGUUUGGAGCUGACCGCAACUUGUGGUCACCCUCCUGAGCUCAGAGGUCAGAAGGUCCGGGGCAUCCACGUCUUCAAGUCCUGCCCAGAGAACAUUUCUUCACCAGAAAAGAAGAGUGCUGCAUAUCCAAAAGUGAAGAAAUCCAAAGCAGACUCCUUGAAAUCCCGAAAAGUCAAAGCACAGACCACAGCUAAAGUCGCCAAACUGCCCAGGAAGCAGCCUCAAAGAAAACCUGGGCCACCAAAAGUAACAAAGAAAAAGAAGAUACUGAAAUGAGAACAUGUAACUCAUUUUCCUUUUCCUCUUUUUUUGCAAUAAACCUGAGUGUUAAGGAGCUGGGUUUCUUGAAAGCUACAUUUGUUUGGUUCUAAAUUAAAAUGUUGAGCCAUGCAAGUCUUUUGUAUCCAAGCGAAAAAUCAAAGUCAAAAAGUCAGAGGAAACCUGACAGUCACUCAGCCAAUCUCUCACCAUUCUUGCAGGGAUACUUUAAUGCAACACUAAAAAGGUUUGUUGAGAGAGAAUAACAACGCAUUUUUAGAGGAGCCCAACUGCUAU